AUGACCACUGACCCUGAAGAACAAAAGAAAUUGAAGCCACUCAUGUUAACAAUGAUGUACUUACAAAUACCAAGAAUUUUGAUUAAACCGACUUUGGAGGAAAUACAAUCGGCGUUUUCCCAGGUUGUACUGAACUGUAUAAUGGACAUACAUCGCAACGUGUAUAUGUGGGGACAGCAAGCGUUAAUUAAUAAAAUGAAGUUGGAGGGUGCCUCUUUGGUUAUGACAAGGAGUAUGAGCGCCGGUUCCAGAUCGGGAUCAAGCAUUAUCGGUAUUAGAAAUUAUUUUCGAAUGGUGUCUGAACAUAAAGACAUCGUGCGAUCGGUUAUGGCAUUGCAAGGAAUGAUGUUUAUGUAUAAGCCAGAUAUUGAGAAAUUAUUACAGUCACAGCAAGUCCAACAAAGGAUUGUGGAUAUGCAAGGUCCCUUGCAAAAGGAACUUACAGAAGGCGUGGAGACAUUUGUGGAUGAUAUGCUGAAGUUUGAUGCUGAUUACGACGCUUUUGGCCCAAUGACACCUGGCUUAUCCGCUAGAGAGGCUAGCGAUAGAUGUCGAAAAUUACCAAGAGGCAUGAAGGAUUGGCCUGCUUUCAUUGAUCUAAAAAAUAAAAUCGACGACUUCAAUCAAACAUGCCCGUUGUUGGAGUUGAUGGCCGAUAAAUCUAUGAAGGAGAGACAUUGGAAACGAUUGGAGGACCUUAUGCAGGCCGUAUUUGUUGGUGGCGACAUUGCUAAACAGCUGCCCGCUGAGGCGAAAAGAUUUGCCACAAUUGACAAAACUUAUGUAAAGAUUAUGUAUCGUGCACGCGACAUCGUGAAUUGUGUAGAGACGUGCACGGCAGAUGAAAGUUUGAAACAGCUUUUGCCUCACCUAAUGGAUCAGCUGGAGGCCUGUCAGAAAUCUCUCACUGGAUAUUUGGAGACCAAACGUCUCAUUUUCCCAAGAUUCUUCUUUGUAUCUGAUCCCGUGUUAUUAGAGAUACUCGGUCAAGCCUCCGAUCCUCACUCGAUUCAGGUUCAUUUACCAAGCAUUUUCGACGCAAUAUAUACUGUGGACUUUGACGAUAAAGAGAGGAUUGUUGCAAUGAACUCUAACAACGGAGAGACCAUAAAGUUAGACAGGCCAGUAGUUUGUUUAGGCGGAGUCGAGGCUAGUCUUCUAGGUAUGCAAAUUUUAUGGACUAGUGAUGCUGAAUAUGCACUAAAAAAAGCAAGAGCCGACCGCUUUAUCAUGAGAUUGACCAACCAAAAAUUCCUCGACCUCUUGAACGGUCUGAUUGACCAAACAAUUAAGGACAUAGCACCAUUAGAUAGAACCAGGAUUGAAACUAUGAUUACUAUCCACGUACAUCAGAGAGAUAUUUUUGAUGAUCUGGUCAAAAUGAGGAUUAAAAAUCCGGGCGAUUUUGAAUGGCAGAAACAGGCCAGAUUCUAUUACAAUGAAGACAGUGACGAUUGUGUUGUUUCUAUUACGGAUGUAGACUUCUUGUAUCAGAACGAGUACCUAGGUAUAACCGAGAGGCUGGUGAUCACGCCUUUAACGGAUCGCUGCUAUAUCACGCUGUCACAAGCUAUUGGCAUGAGCAUGGGCGGUGCACCAGCUGGCCCCGCUGGUACUGGCAAGACCGAGACCACAAAGGACAUGGGCCGCGCCCUCGGCAAGCUCGUUAUCGUAUUCAACUGCUCCGAUCAGAUGGAUUUCCGAGGUUUGGGCCGUAUUUAUAAGGGCCUUGCCCAGUCAGGAACGUGGGGUUGCUUUGACGAGUUCAACCGCAUCGAGUUGCCCGUCCUUUCUGUUGCUGCGCAGCAGAUUUAUAUAUGUCUAACGGCAAGAAGGGAAAAGAAGGAAUUCUUCAUAUUUAGUGACGGCGACGUCGUAAGUUUGAACCCCGAAUUUGCGUUCAUAAUCACAAUGAAUCCUGGCUACGCUGGUCGGCAAGAGCUGCCCGAGAACUUAAAGAUCCAAUUCCGUUCAGUUGCCAUGAUGGUGCCGGACAGGCAAAUCAUCAUUCGAGUGAAACUGGCCAGCUGUGGAUUUAAAGAAAAUAUAUUGUUGGUGCGUCACGGCUUAAUGACGAUGGGCCCGACGGGGUCGGGUAAGACUACUUGCAUCCACACUUUGAUGGAAGCCCUAACGGAAUUGGGCAAGCCGCAUAAGGAGAUGCGGAUGAACCCCAAAGCGAUAACCGCGCCACAAAUGUUCGGGCGACUAGAUGUCGCCACCAACGAUUGGACGGACGGCAUAUUUUCUACACUGUGGCGGAGAGCUUUGAAGGUUAAGAAAAGUGAUACCACUUGGAUCGUGCUAGAUGGUCCGGUGGACGCUGUAUGGAUUGAAAAUCUGAAUUCUGUAUUAGACGACAAUAAAACACUGACUUUGGCGAAUGGAGAUCGUAUUUCAAUGGCACAGAACAGCAAACUGGUAUUCGAACCAGACAAUGUUGACAACGCCUCACCAGCGACCGUUAGCCGAAUGGGGAUGGUGUUUUUAUCGUCUUCUGUUUUAAAAUGGCAACCGAUUUUGGAGGCUAGUAUUGUUCUA